AUGGGUCGGCAGUUACGCACUCGCCUUGAUUUACUACACCCAGAUGCAUCUCAGCGAAUUGAAAGAAAAGCCUCAGAGAACGAGAAACCAAUGAGGGAACCCGAUAUAGGGGACGUGGUACUGGUUCGGGAUUAUCGUCAAAAUACCAAGAAGGGCAUAUGGACUCGAGGAGUUGCGGUUCUUAAAUUGGGUCCAUGCACAUACAAUGUACAAGUGGACGAGUUGGUCAGCUAUCCAGACCUGCCAUUACCAAACGAGUUCAUAAAUACUCGUGAAGAGUUAGGCGAUGCAGUUGCAGGUGCAGAGAAGAAUGAAAUCCCAAAUGUAGAAGAAAAGGAGGCGGCAGCUGCAGAAAAAAUAUCGGGAAAUGAUGACUCACCUGAUAGAUCGAUAUCUGAAUUACCAAAACUUCGAAGGUCUACCAGACAAAGUAGACCACCUGACUAUUUUAGAAUGUAA